AAGCCACACACAGCCACACAGAAUAAGGAGAAACCUAAAACCAAAAACACCAACAAAAAAGCAAAUAAAAGACCCAUCAAAUAUUACUCAGGAUGUCGAAACUCUUGUCGUUGUCGUUGUUGUUGGUGGUGAUUGCUCUAAGCGCUAGCUGCGUGACAGCUAAGCCCGCCCAAGUGGCCGUAGCUGCGCCUGUUGCUGCCGCCCCAGUUGUUGCUUCUGCUCCGGUUAUUGCUGCCGCCCCAUACGUUUCCGCCGCUUACACAGCACCGCCCUAUGCCGCUGCCUAUAGUGCGCCCUACGCGCCAUAUACUUCAGCGUACGCUGCACCCUACUCAGCGGCAUACAGCGCCGCAUAUACGAACGCUCCAUUGAACUCUGCGGUCGCCAGCCAACGUGUGGAUAUACAGAGCAAUUACUACGCAACACCACUGAUAGCUGCUGCUGCGACACCUGCCAAGUUGGUCGCACCCCCAGCACCCAUUGCCGCGGCAGCACCGGCUCCUGCUCGCUUUGUUGCGCCAGCCGCCUUUUCAGAGGCCUACACAGCUUCAUAUGCCCCCAUCGCCGCACCCGCUGUUGCUGCCGCUUAUACUAGUGCUCCUUACAUCGCCUCAGCUCCCGUGGCUCCCAUAGCUCCCGUGGCUCCAGCUAACUAUGUUGCUCCUGCGGCUGCGGCUGUGGCUCCAGCUCCUGCUCGUUAUGUAGCCGCUGCCGCUGCCACUCCGGUAGUAGCUGCCCCAGUUGCCGCUUCCCCAGCCAAGCUGGUUGCACCAAGAGUUGUUGUCUGAGCCGAUUCACUCGCAUGUGCGUUGCUAUUAAACCGAUCAAUUCAUACAUAUCCGGCGAAUACGUGAAUUCUCUUCUCUAGCUCUAAGUUGACACCUGUUAACCUUACCCAUCAUUGUUUUCACUGUGUUUGCUUUUGUUUUUAUGUUCGACUAUUCAUUAUUAAUAUUGCAAGUACCUGAAUAAAAGGAAGAAAUAUGCUCUUAAA